GACACCAAUUCCACGGAGCAUCCAGCACCCUUCCGCGGUGAGUUUUCCUUUGUCAAUAAGGAUGCUGGCAAUAUCGACUCGAAAGACCACAAUGCUGCCGUAUCGUGGCACGUCAUGAACCGGUACGAGAGAUGGAAGAAGCAGGAACAAGCAAAGAAGCUGAGGGCAUCCGCAAAUGUCCCCGUCGGCCCAUUUUCGCCUCCCUCGCACCAACACGUCUCAUCCUCGUCCUCAUCCUCACAGUCGCAAAGUCAGCAGGCGCAGAUCCGACAGCAGCAUCAGUCUGUACGUCGUGUUCCAUAUCUCAACCCUAGAAGAACACCAUUGACAAAUAGUUUUCAGCCCAAGUCUAUACCAUCCUUGAUACCUUUCGGGUUUGACCCAUGGACUGCCGAUCCAUCGCAACUAGGCUACCCAGGAUUGGGCUCGACACAACCAUCAAGCAGUGGCUUCCAGACCUCGGCGGCAUCGACACCUUCUACCCGUUCUAGCAUCAUGAACGAUGACCCGACAUCUUUAUUAGGGACUAUGAAUCAACAAUUAAUCCUCCCAGAAAGCCCAUUCGACCCAGAUAUUGCUUCUAUGACCCCACUCGUCAACAAUUUAAUCGGCUACGCCUACGAGUCUUUCAUUCCAUCGAUCUGGCCCAAAGAAUCCGAGAGAGCCCAAAAUACCUGGGAAGUUGCUAGGAGUUGGGACGACAUAGUUCUCAUCAACCAGGACACUUGUUAUGCAAAUGCUUACCUGAGUCUUCUUGCAGCGGCGAUGGGCAGCCUUACUGACGACGACAACCUUAUGUAUCAAUCCCGAUUCUACCAAGGACAGGCCAUGACCGAGUUGCGCCAGCGAGUGUCUGCACAAGGUAAUAAGGAGCUAACCACACUGAAAGCUAUUUUGAAACUCUUCUCUUCUGAGACCUUGGCCGACAACACCUCGACCGCACGCAUGCAUCUCAAAAUGCUUCGCAACCUUGUGAACUCGGCCGGUGGUGUGAUAUUGUUGGAUUCGUGGUUCCGAGAAGAUCUUUUGUCUUGCGACUGCUAUUUCGCCCUCAAAUUCGAAACCCGGCCGCUCUUUCCUGCGCAGGAGUGGACCCCGGGUCCACUCAGUCAACCCUGGAAAGCACGGUUGAUGGCAGCAGGUAUUUAUGGCGACCAUUCGGCAGCGGUUGAUCCAUUGAUUGAGAAUCCUCUGAUGAAAGCUAUUAUUACUGACCUGCGAGAGCUCUUCAAAGUGGACGAAUACACUCAUGGCCACGACGUCCCGAGCGACGACCAAGUACUUCGAUGGCGGCAACUUCGCAAAUUCGAUUGCAUUUCACGUCUGGCAGACCACCAUGUCGACCUGGCCAUCUACCCCCAUCUAUUCAGUUGGCCUUUGACCCAAGACUAUUCAUGCCUUGUGACAGCCUUGAUGGCAAACAUGGUGCUUGGAUCACCAGAACCCGUGCGUUUUGGGGGGAAAUUGAUCAAAGAUAUUCGGAAGAAGCUCAUGGAAAGCGAGAGGAAGGGUGAACAGACCCAGUUCAAGAGGCUUCGUCUAUGGGCGCUCUACGUGGGCGCUCUGGCUGAGAAGGUGCAUCUUACGGAGAACGAUGCCCUAGGAUGGUUCGAGGCGAGUUAUCAGAGUCUAGCUGCUGACAUGGGACUAUCUGCGUGGGAAGACGCUAGACGAGUGAUGAGGCAAUUCUUGUUUUCGGAUCAUUUACAUCAAGAGAUUCACACGGGAAGGUUACACCGCAUUUCGGAUAUUAGGCAGGGCCUUUAUGCAGCGUCAGGUUGCAGUUGGCGGGAACCGAUCAGAGAGCCCGGUCUCAUUGGCGAGCCUCAGGAUGAAGCAACCAGCAGUAUUGGAGCUGGAAAGCAGCGGGCCAUUGAUGAGUAA